CGCCUCAGCAGCCGGGAUGACUGGAGGAGCUGGGACUGCAGAUACUGCGGUGCUGAGAAAGACGGCGUGAGCGCGUUUGUGUGCGUGUGCACGUGCCUGGGCGGACUCCAGCUGUAAUGGUGCCCCGUGUGUGUGUGACUGUGCUGACCGCAACAGUCAUCCUGUCCAACAGCGGAGACUUUCUCAGCGUGCAGAUGGUGUGAGCAGUCAGGGGAAAAGUUUCUAACAGCUCGACUGAGUCUCGGCUAACUCAAUCCACACUGCACACACACUCAUACAUUGUGCCAGUCCAGGAGGGGAGCAACAACAACAGCAGCAGCAGCUGAGCAUGAGGACAACUUGAGCUUGUGUGUGAGCGGGAUUUGUCUUGUAGUUGAUUGAUUGACCUGUCGCUGAAGAGGAUACGGUGUCUGGGCAUCACCACACAUCCGAGCUGUGAGAUUCAACAGGGCUGCUCGUUUGAAAGGUUGGAGUAGCUGUGAUGGAUGACCAGUGUGUGUCUCAUGGCAGUCCUCAUCGCAGCGGAGGUCAUGUCAGUACUGAGGGUCAAAAGUUGAAUGUCAUCAGGUGUGGGUGGCUCCGGAAGCAAGGAGGUUUUGUCAAAACGUGGCACAGUCGCUGGUUUGUGCUGAAAGGGGAUCAGCUCUACUAUUACAAAGAUGAGGAGGAGACUAAAGCUCUGGGAGCCAUUUUUUUACGUGGAAACAAAGUUACAGAGCAUCCAAGCAGCGGCGACGAAGGGGGAAAAUUUCUUUUCGAGGUCAUUCCAGGUGGAGAAAGAGAGCGGAUGACAGCCAACCAUGAGACCUACCUUCUUAUGGCCAGCACCCAGAAUGACAUGGAAGACUGGGUGAAGACAAUCCGAAGAGUCAUCUGGGCGCCUUUUGGUGGAGGGAUCUUUGGUCAGAAGCUGGAAGAGACCGUGCGGUAUGAACGCCGGUUUGGGAACAAGCUCGCCCCUAUGCUGGUAGAGCAGUGCGUGGAUUUCAUUCGGCAGAGGGGUCUUCAGGAAGAGGGCCUUUUCAGGCUGCCAGGACAGGCCAACCUGGUCAAAGAGCUGCAGGAUGCCUUUGACUGUGGAGAGAAGCCCUCUUUUGAUUGUAACACAGAUGUGCACACAGUAGCUUCUCUGCUGAAACUGUAUCUCAGAGAGCUGCCCGAGCCCGUCAUCCCCUUCCAGAAGUACGAUGAGUUCCUGUCCUGCGCCAAGCUCCUGGGCAAAGAUGAUGAAAUGGGUAUGAAGGAAUUGAGAAGGCUCGUGGAAAGUCUACCUCCAGUGAACUACAACCUCCUAAAAUACAUCUGCAGGUUUCUUGAUGAAGUCCAGUCAUAUUCAGGGGUGAAUAAAAUGAGUGUCCAAAACUUGGCCACAGUCUUUGGGCCAAAUAUCUUGAGGCCAAAAAUUGAGGAUCCAGUAGCAAUUAUGGAAGGUACUGUUCUGGUCCAGCAGCUCAUGGCUGUUUUGAUUGGUCACCACGACGUGCUUUUCCCCCGAGAUGAAGACAGCCCUACUGCCCUCGAGCUCGUCAACAACAAUAUUGAACAGCCACGGCGACAAACCACUACAUCUACCUCAGCCAUCACUACAGUGUCUCAGAAUGCUGAGAACAACAACACACAUGUUGUGCGGCAGUGUGUUUGGGAAGCCAACGAGUCUCCUUCACACCGUCAGCACGCAGACAACAGUGGCUCCCCACGAUCGGCAAGUCCCCGCAAUGGAGUCAUGGGACGCUUCGACGUCACUCGCAGUCCACCGCUGACCGUUAAAAAGAAUCCAGCUUUUAGUAAAGGCAGUGGCAUUGUUACCAAUGGGUCCUUCAGCUCCUCACCCUCUUCAGAUCCCACUGUGGAAAAGAGCCAGAGUGGAGGUGGCAGCUUACCGGUGCGUCGCAGUGGCACACUCAAAGGCUCGGGGACAAAAAUGGGCACCAGCGGCGUCACGAGUGGAAACAGCGCUACAGGGAAUGGGACUGGAGUUGUACGCAUGGGCGUUCAUGGGACUGACGCUGUCACAGGGAGUCCGAACAGCCGCAACAGCCUCUGGCAGCCGAAUGGCUGUGUAAUGUUACGGGAGAACAGCAAAGCUCGUGACUGCCACGGCGGAGAUCAGACAACCAAUCAGAAUCGUCUGUCCACAUACGAUAACGUGCAGCUAAACCAUCACAACCUGCAGCAGCAGAACCAGAUCGCCAACACGUGUCUGAAUACCAGCUGCGAGGACAAGCAGAGUGUGGACAGUGCCACCUGGUCCACUUCUUCCUGUGAAAUCUCCCUCCCUGACAACUCCACUUCCUGUCGCUCCUCCACAACCACCUGCCCAGAGCAGGACUUCUAUGGAGGGCACUACGAAGACUUGGAUGGACCAGCACAAGACUGCGUGCAUCCCCAGUCUGGCGAAGGAGGAGAGGGCAGAAAUGGCGACAGAGAAGGAAGUGGAGAGGUUGGGAGGAGCAGUCGGGGCACGAGCAGCAGUGAUAACAGCGACGGUUUUCCUGUUGGUAACGGACCCGGCAACCACAGCGCUCUGCACAGUCUAGUGGCCAGUCUUAAGCAGGAAAUGCACAAGCAGAAGGCCGAGUAUGAGGCCAGGAUAAAAAGUUUGGAGCAGCGUAAUUUGGAGCUGGAGACUGAAAUGGUGAACCUACACGAGGAGCUGGACCAGGAGAGGAAGAAGUACACCAUGGCGGAGAUCAAGCUGCGCAACGCUGAGCGCGCCAAGGAUGACGCCGAGCGGCGAAACCAGAUGCUACAGAAAGAGAUGGAACAGUUUUUCUCCACAUUUAGUGACCUCACCGCAACUGGCAACGCCGCAGCCACCGAUCCCCGCCGACCAGAGCGAAACAACACCAUCUGGAUACAGUGAAGGAAGGCUGAAAAAAGAUGGCAGCCAAGACAGGAACUGGGUUAUUAUAAUGACGUGAACUUUAGAGAGACUCUAAACAAGAUUUGGCUGCUGAUCGAAGGAGGGAAAACACACUGCAAAGGGUAACGGCACGUUUUAAUUUAAGAAAUAGGAGAUAUAGGGCUGAUGUAAGCCGCCUUUAUAAAUGUAAACAUCACCUGGAGUGAUGCCAGAGUGACAUUAUCUGUAUAUAGCCUUAUUUAAACAGACGCUCAUGGACACACUCCAGUCUCCCAGAAGUGGUUGGGGUUUGUUCAGUUGUCUGGCUGGGAAAUGGAGCAAAGGGACAGUACACAACAGCCUAUGAGGACAUAUGGUACUACCAUUUUAUGUUAGCUCCGAGAUAGAAGGGAAGACAAAAUGUUAAAAAAAAAUUUUAAAAAAAGAACAAUACCAACACCAACCUUGGACCUGAAAAUGCAGAAAAGACCACACCGAACUCCUCCUUUUUAUUCAUUUUUACCAUCUAACCAAAACACACCUUAGUGUUCAAUAUAUUUCUGCAUCUGCUCAUGUCAAAGAUGUCAUAUGUUGUAAAGAGAAGUAAAACUGACACUUCAUUGUUUUUGUGAUAUUUAAGCAAAGCUAUAAACGUGUGCUAUUUUCUAUCAGUUUUUUUUUCUUUUUCUUUUGCACUUAAAUGUUUGUUUAGUCUCUGCAAGUUGGUACUGGAUGUUCUGUCGGUCUAUGUGUCGAUGCGUGUGCCUGUGCUUCUGUGCUGUUAUAUUUACCCAUGACCAAAAGAAAAAGAGCCUGUACUGUAAAUAUUGUAUAGAUAAAUGCAGACGUGACUAGAUUAGAUAGUUUGCAUUGUGGUUUACUGAUAUUCAGAUGGAUAUGGCAUGAAUUGAGUUGAUACUGAAGAAUGAUUUGUAGUUUGUUAGAGUACAGUUCAAGGUGUUGCACAGUGGGUUAUUGGCAUAAAUCUUUUAAGUCUUGAAUUCAGAAUUUCAGAUAAGAAACUGUAUGGCAUGCCGCUUUUAAAGAUACAAUUUACUGAUUUUUCGAGGCCAGCACACGUUUGUGGGUCAUAACUGUGAAAUAGUUGGGAUUUUAAAGCCUCUAAUUUGAUGACAUUAUCAGCCUGGCAGCAAAAUUCAGUAAUAAGUGGUAUGUGCAUGAUGGUUGCAUGAGUCUACGAGGGUCGGCAUACACUAACUGAAUGUUUGUAAAGUGACUGUAUAUGGAUGAAGUGUAUUUAUGUAGCCCGAAACCAAAUGUCUGCACAUGAUGUGGAUUUGCGAAUGAUUACAAAACGGGACACCUCUGAUAGAUCAGACCAGGAAUGGACCUGCGUCAGAGAGGAGUUGGUGCGUACACGUGUGCGCGGACCUGGUGCUCGGCUUCUUUUUAAACCUGCUGCUGGUCAUUGCAGGACAUCUGGAAUGUGCAUAUGGAGUCAAAAAGAAGAAGAAAAAAGUGCCUGAACAAGUGAAGGAGGGAGAGGGGAGCCUGCGCUUCUCAUUUCACAGCCUUCACCGGGAAAUAAUGGGCUUAAGCCAAGCUGACAGUGUCACCUCGUUCUGUGAAUUCCACACAAAAGGGCGGAUUAUGGAUGGAGGGCCAGACGGAGUGGAUGGGGAUAGUGGAAUGUUUUCAUGACAAUACUUGAUACACAAAGGAACUUUAAAAAUGACUUAAUAUGAAUAAAGAUGGAUUUUAAUGCAA